CGAUACUGUGUUUAGUACCAUCGAUUAACUGCAUCUAGCGCCAGAAAAAGCAGACGCCACAGUUCCGGGAAAACAAAUUGGAAAUUGGAAUUGCACGCGAGCCAGCCAAGCUAGACGAAAACCACGAUGGGCAAGGAAAAGGCUGCCAAGUCGUACAGCAUCGGCGACCUGGUGUUCGCCAAGGUGAAGGGCUAUCCGCCGUGGCCGGCGAAGAUCACCAAGAGCAACAACAACAAGAAGUACAAUGUUUACUUCUACGGCACUGGGGAGACGGCCAACAUCAAGCUGGAGGACCUGUUCCCCUACGCGGACAACAAGGAGCGGUUCGCCACCGAGAAGAUCAUGAAGCGGGCCAAGUUCAUCGACGCCAUCGAGCAGAUUGAGAGUGCGAUGCGCGGCGAGGACUCGGCGCCCAUCGAUUUGCCCGGCGCCGAGGAGGCAGCGGCUCCUGAUUCCACCGAUGCGGUCAAGCAGGAGGAGCCCAAGGAGGCCACGGAUGAGCCAGCUGCUCCAACGGCGGCUGCGGCGGACAAGCCGAAGAAGAGCGGCAACCGGAAGUCCAAGGCACCGCCACGCCAUGUGGACGGCGACAGCGAAGGCAAAUCCUCCUCCGCCACGGAGGCAGCUCCUCCGCCGGCCAAGCGGCGCGUUCCCACCGAAGGUCUGGGCGCCAAUCACGUUCCCGCUGCCCCGGCCACCACGUCCGGCAAGAAGUCCGUCAAGAAAUCCAAGCCCACCGCGGCGGUGACUCCCAUUCAGAAGCGGGCAAGGCCAAUCAAUAACAUUCGGGACAACGUGCUCUUGGUAUACAUGCCCACUGCCAAGUGUUUGGGCAUCGACAUGAACUACAACAAGCCGGAGAUCUUCGAGAGCGCCGCUGCCGAGGAGGCCUGGAAGGAGAAGUCGCGCUCCGAGGCCAUGGAGCUGAAGCUGAAGCUGGAGAGCGGCCAACUGGAGCCGGAGACCAUGCCCGGGCGGAUCGUGGUGGAGCCGUCGCGCGUGGAGAUACCCAAGCAGGAGGCCUUGCGGUUCAUCGAGGAGCUGAUCGAGCACGAGGACGCUCUGUUCAUGGAGCGCGACUUCAUUCAACUCUCCCAGCAGCUGCGCGAGUGCCUGGGCUUGCGGCGAGCCAAUGUGGGCAAGUGCCUGGAGAUUCUCGAGCAGUUCAAGGAGGUGGAGCUGACCAAACUGAUGCUGCUGCGCAAUCCCGAGUGCGUGGACAUAAUGCGGCGGCUGCGUCGCUAUGUGGGCAACCUGGAGCUCUGGAAGAUGGACCUGUCGGACGAGGUGGAGUUCAAGGAGAAGGCGCAGAUCAUACGCAAGGUCUCCUCCGGCAUAUAUGAUGGCUUCAAGGGCCUCUUCAAUCCGGAGCCCGAGGGCGAGGAUAACUUUUGGAUUGACUUCUGCGAGAAGGUCAAGGUCUACAAGACGUACACGAAGAAUAUAAACGAGAACCUGCGCGUCGGAAUGAACGAGCGCAGCUACAACAAUCUGGUUGUGGCCAAGGAGAGCUCCGCCGCCGACGAGGCCGUUCCGCAGUAGAAGAUGAGUGUUUAGGGGCCAGCUCUGCUGGUCCAACUGUACGAUAAGUUACUACUAAGCGUUAAAGGCCGGGCAAACUGAAGAUCUUGCUCUGGACGACGAAGUUUUGAUAAGCCGAGUGUGCUAUUGCUUAAUUUCUAGGAUUACAUUCAUUUAAUUUCCUUAUAUGAAAAACCGAACCCCCUUACAUCUGUUUUUGCCUACCAGAGGUGCAUAUCGUGCAGCGCAUCCGCUUAAUAUUACCACCAGACAUAAAAGCUUGUUAGCUUCGGAACCCCUUAAAAAUAUUUACUAAGUGUGUAGAUGAUUUUGAUUGAUUAUGAAUUAAAUAUAUAGAUGGUACAUACUCUCA